UUGCGUCGGAUGUUGUUCUCUUUAUCUGUGACUGACUAAUGCGAGACAUACGGUUGAAUAACUAAGCCGCGAGCGUCUAGUCCUCAGGAAUGAAAAUAACACACUCAAAACGUUAAUUUAGGAACGUUUUAUUGGAUCGUUCCUGCAAAUAGUCAGUCAUUCAUUCAAACCGAUUCGGGGCUUGCGCUAUUCAGAACCAUGGACUUGCACAUUCUGGAUCACAGACUGCGAGUGACCAGCAUUUGCAAAAAUGGGCUGGUGAAUUUCACUCACCCCCUCAUCAAACUAAUUUUCCUGCGGAACAGAACAAGAUGCAAGUUCUUCAGUCUGACAGAGACCCCAGAGAACUACACUGUCGUCCUCGAUGAAGAGGGAUUUAAAGAGCUGCAGCCCUCAGAGCACCUACUGGUCGAAGGUUCCGUGUGGCUGCCGCUCAACGUGGUCUCCAACGGCAACUCCUCCAGCAGCUCGCAGGCGGUGGGCGUGACCAAGAUCGCUAAGUCCGUCAUUGCCCCAUUGGCCCAGCAGCACGUGUCAGUCUUCAUGCUCUCAACCUAUCAGACGGACUUCAUCCUGGUGAGGGAGAAGGACCUGGCUGUAGUUAUUAACACUCUGGAGGAAGAGUUCAACAUCUACAGAGAGGUGGGGGGAGAGUACUCAGCUGUACUCAGCCAAGAUGUCCGCAAUGGCCUCCAGAAGAACGGCAAAGAAGCCCCCCAGCUGACAGUGCACCCGGUGCUGAUACCUCAGAACCAGUUCUGUGUGAUGAGUCUGGACCCAGAUACUCUGCCUGCCAUCGCAACAACACUUAUCGACGUACUCUUCUACUCCAACGGUCCUAAAGAGGGCGCUCUUCCCAGCCAGGACCUGGACUUUAUCAAGUUCUUUUCCUUCUCUCUGAUCGAUGGCUACGUCUCUCUGGUCAUGGACACAGAGGCACAAAGACAGUUCCCUGCUGAUCUUCUCUUCACCAGUUCCUCCAGGGAGCUGUGGAGGAUGGUGCGCAUUGGGGGACAGCCUCUGGGUUUCGACGAGUGUGGCAUUGUUGCCCAGAUAUCCCAGCCCUUAGCUGACAACGACAUCUCAGCCUAUUAUAUCAGCACCUUCAGCUUCGACCAUGCCCUGGUACCUGAAGAGGACAUAGUGAGUGUGACUGAGAUGCUCCAGCAGCACAGGAAAGAGCCAGCCUGCUAAUGGCGACCUGGCGGCUUGGUCCGUACUACACCUCUCUGUGUCCUGGGGCAGUACGGGGCUGGAGAGGGAUGCUAACUCCGUGCCUAGAUUAGCACUGCAGCGUGAGCAGUAUUAACCAUAAACGUUGUUGCCAUGACCACCAAAAGCGCUUCUAGGAAGGGGUGAUUGGACGCUGACAGGACCACCGACCAAUGCACACACUGAUUGGACGCUGCCAGGACCCCCGACCAAUGCACACAACGGGACGAGGGGAUUGGUGAACUGAAGUCCAGUUGUGAUGAUGGUAACGCUGUACUUAAGGCCUGCAGGUAUAAUGCAUUAUGAUGCGGUUAUAAUGCUUGCGUUAUAAGACUUGUUAUAGGCAUAUAUAACCCCCUUAUUUCUUGUUAUCGUCUCAUAAAGAUCCUGACUAAAUAACAGCCAUUUUGAGUCAUAGCCUAAGCCUUGUAAUAACGCAUUAUAAAGUCAACAUGCUGAUAACACGUAAUAAAGCAUAAUACCUGCAGUUUAUAAAGUGUAACCAUGAUGGAUUUUCUUAUGCUACUUACCUGCUUGCCGCAGGGCACAAACAUCUUACUCGUACUGUAAACAACACAGCUGUCUUCCAGUGAUGUUUAUACUGUAAUGCUAUGUGUCAGAACGCCACCCUUUGUGUCAAAGGUCAAGUUAUUUCAUGUGUGAGUGAAUUAUGUGAAGCACAAUUUCUGCUUGGCAAAAUAUGUCUCUCCAUUGGUGCUUUUUAUUCGCCAUAUCUUCACAAAUUGUACUUGUAGUAAGGCACGUAAAUGGCCUAAUCGCACCGCAAUAACUGAAGCCGCUCAUUGAAGUGUCAGCACAAGUCUUAUUGUCGACAAUCACAUUAGAGAAAAAAAAGACAUUAUAAAAAAGGUCGUUUUGAAGUGUAUUGGUAGAAAUUAGUGUUAAUUGGUAAACAUCAGAAUUUUAUUUUCUUGAAAAACAUAUGCAGGCAAUACUAGAAAAAAAAGACAAAUUCAAUGAUUAUCCAAGGUAAAGAGUAGCUUUAUUUAGUGCCGUGAUGCAGUUUCAACAUCAAUAAGAAGUUACUCAAAAAAUGUUUAAGGGUCAACAUUUCUGUACUUUUGUAGCGUUGUAGCAUUGUAUUUCCUUUAAGAUCAACACUGUCUUAUUCUUUAAUUUUCUUUUUUAAUUUGCACAAUUAAGACGUUUCUUAUUAAUUUCCUUGUAGACUGAGAAAGUUACUAAUAUCAUUAGAAAUAUUAUUUUGGUACAAUUACAUUUUGUACAAUUUAAAACAUGUAUUAUGUCAAAUAAUUGUAAAUGUGCUAUUAAAUUAAAUGUAUUUCUGGACUUCAUUAUGGAUACAUUGUCACCUAAUUUUUUUCAGAUAACAUUUGGUUGUUAAUUAAUUUACUUUUGUAUGGAGAUGAAUUUACACUAAAAUAGCUUAGAUAUGGGUUGAGACAUUACACAUACUUUGUCAAACUAUUGAUGCAAUGUUUUCAUGACAACCGUUGUGUGUUUUUUCAGUCUUGUUGAGUAGACUUGUAAUGUAUGGUAGAUGAGUGGGUGUGCGUUUAAAUGGGAGGAGAAAGUUCCACUCUAAACAUGACAUUUGUGUAAAAUUCGAAGAAAGUUCCAUUAUUUCCUUGUGGUUGUUGAGUGUUUAUUUUUAGAGACACCCCUUGUAUAUUAGAGUUGAUCAAGCCAUCCAUUAGUGUCUCCUUCGCUCACCAGCACAGAAGAACUCCAAUAUGUUUGGUAAAUAUUUUUACUGUACUCUCACAACAACAGUUAACCAUUUGUGACAUACUUGGAUUGUUAAAAUAAUAACCUACUAUUGUUUCUGAUUGGUUUGUGAUUGUCAUUUUGCUGGUGACUAGGCAUGUGUGCAU